AUGUUCUCAACAUUCGCAACCAACAGCCUUAAAGAAAACAACAAGACUUCUCCCGCCUCACCCCAGCGACCUAAACGCCACCAGGUUGCACGCGCCUGCGACUGGUGCCGCGUCCAUCGCGUCAAAUGCGAUAGCAGCUCGCCCUGCCAAAACUGCCGCGACAGAGGAGGCCGUUGCACCAAGAAAAACGCGUCGAAAGGCGUGGCCAGAACGCAGACGCUGCCCGAAGCAGUGAGAGAAAUCGAACGACUGCAACAGCAAGUCCGCGAUCUCGAAGAGCGACUCGAAAAUGCGACCGGCUGUCCAUCCACAUCCAUCGCUGACGAUCGACCGGUGAAGAAAGGAACAAGUAGAGGAUGGGACGGAAUCCAUACUCGCACCGCUCGCUCCUCGCGGACCCAGUGGUAUGGCCCUUCAUCGACCUUCUAUUUCAUCGGCCGCAUGAACGCGUACCUUUCUACUGUGCUUGAACACCCUCCAGAGGACCACAACAUUCAGCCCAAUUCUGCGAGUCGGACCUUCUCAAGCCCGUCGUCUCCUAGAAUGCCAGGAGAGCUGCCAGCGCCCCCGAGUGCUUUCGCAGGCGAGAAGUCAGAGGGAUACCUGAACAGUAUCGAAGAGGACUAUUUUCUGGACAUGUUCUGGCAUUCCUACCAUCCCACAUACCAAAUAUUGGAUGAGUCGGAGUUUUGCGAGCACUACAAGUCCCUCUGGAUAGAUUCAACUACAACUCGAGCCUCCUCUGCCCUGGUGGAUAUUGUGCUGGCUCUAUGUAUGCAAUAUGGCGUGGCUUUGACGCCAGACAAGGAUAGUGUCAACGGCCACGGCCAUCUCGAUACCGAGGACGCAAGCAUCGCCGGCCGAUGGUACUACCAGCGAUCGCAAACACUGCUCAUGUCGGAGCUCGAGAGCCCGUCCAUUGCUACGCUUCAAUGCCAUAUAUUCUCCGUUGUUUACCUCUGCAAUGCUUCGUUCCAGAAUAUGGCACAUACGACACUGGCGCUUGCGUUGCGCACAGCCCAUAUUCUCGGCCUUCAUCUUGAACCUCCGGCGGAUAUGCCACGUCCCCAGCGAGAAUUGCGGAAGCGCAUCUGGUGGACACUGUACUGUGUCGAGACCAAAACAUGCAUGAAGCUUGGUCGCCCUUCCUCUGUUGCUGAAAUGUCUGCCACUUGCCAGCUGCCUGCUGAUGACCGCGAGCUGGCCCGACUCUCUCUGUCGAAUAUCGCGGCCUACGGGGACAAGGUGACGUGGUUUACCUACGGUCGCCUUAUUGUAACACUGGUGCUCGCAGCACAGAGAGUCUACUCAGCAUUCUACGAUAAGUCGGCGGAAAUUCUGGCUUCUGCUGGGGCGAAGAAUCUUCAUGCGGACUUGCAUUGCCUGGAGUCCUCAGCAGAGUUCCUCACUUCGCAGAUGAACGAAAUCAGCGAAUGGCUGCGAACUGUCCCUGAUGGCAUGAAGACGAAGCGCAGAGAUGGAGGAGAAUCGUUCUCGGUUGACAGGACUGGCUUGGAACUGGAGCGGUAUGCACCAUCAUGGCUACAGCGCCAGCGCCUUCUUCUCGAGCUUCUCUACCAUAAUCUAUUAAUGAAUAUCCACCGGACCUUCAUCUGCUUCCCGUCCAACCCAGUCGUAGACUCCAACCAUACCCCCGUUGCUCAAGGCCAUGCAGUUUUUUGCCUCAACCACGCGAUAGCGAUCACCGACAUACUCAACCAGGUUCACACUACUACCGAGUAUCUAAAAGGCUGGUAUGAAGCCUUCCAAUGGCAAUGGAAUGCGACCCUUUCCAUGCUUGGCUUUAUCCUAGCCUAUCCUCUUCAUCCGUCAACCGCAGCUGCUCGUGGAGCAAUCGACGAUGCCAUCACGGUGUUUAAAGUAUUCGGCAAUCAUUUCGCUGUGGCCGCUAGUGCGGCCGACGUUACUCGAUCCCUGGUCAAUAAAGCUGACUUUCUAAGUGGCCGCUUUGCUGCAAGAAAUGGCACGAUCUCGAACCUAACACCCCUAUCGCCAGAGCCAAUAGAUGAUGGGCUGUUAAGCCAGAUCGGAAUUAAUGUGAUUGGAGGUUCAACCAUGGUAGAUGAGUCUACGGCCAUCUUCCAGAGUUCGCUGAUGGGCGCCAUGGGAUUUGCCCACGAUGUUGAUUCGUUUUACAGCUUUGAGCCUUUAUAUGCUGCGGAUGGAUGGUCCUUCAACCAACAGUGA